AUGAAGACGGCUUGCAAGCUUGGAAUACUUGUGAUCGCAGAUGAAGUCUACGACCACUAUGCCUUUGGGGACAAACCAUUUGUAUCUAUGGCUAAGUUUGCAGAGAUAGUGCCUAUAGUUUUGUUGGGCGCCAUAUCUAAAAGAUGGUUUGUUCCUGGCUGGAGACUUGGCUGGAUGGUGACUCUUGAUCCUCAUAGCAUCAUGAAAGAUUCUGGGACACUUAACAACGUCCUGAGCAUGUCGACGGAUGCUGCAACGUUCAUUCAAGGCGCGAUUCCUGAUAUCAUUGGGAACACGAAGGAAGAGUUCUUCUCAUCGAAACUCGAAAUGGUUAGAGAAUGUGCAGAGAUUUGUUAUGAAGAGAUUAUGAAGAUCCCUUGCAUCACUUGUCCCUGCAAACCUGAAGGGUCAAUGUUCACUAUGGUGAAGUUAAACCUUUCUCUACUCGAAGAUAUCAGUGAUGAUUUGGAUUUCUGCUGCAAGCUGGCUAAAGAAGAGUCAGUGAUCAUCCUACCAGGUCGAGCUGUUGGGCUUAAAGACUGGCUGCGAAUCACCUUUGCGGUUGAGCUCGACCUCCUCAUAGACGGGUUUUCAAGGCUAAGUAACUUUGCCCAGAGACACUCCAAGAAGCAGCCAUGA